GGCUCAGCCCCGGCACAAAAAAAAAACGGCCCGGAAAAGUACCCAAAGAAGAAAAUCGAAACGCACCGAAAACUGUAUGCGUGUGUGUGCUGCCCCUCCCAAUAAUGAUUGCAUUGGUAGAUGUGGUGGAAAAAUGAAGCAAAGAAACUACCCCGAAAGUGCACAGUCCGGGGGCAGUUCGCAGCAGCAACGGCUUAUCAGCGAAUCAGCAACAGAAAAUGAUGAUUAAAUAACGAUUCGAAACGAAAAAUUAUCGGUGGAAAAACCGGUGGAAACGAAAAGUGAUCGAAGCAACCAGGCACUGUGGAAACGUGUUGCUUGGAUUAGCGAGCUAGAAAGAGAUACUGGCUGCAACAAAGCUGGACGAUGUGAUGACCUGUGCCGGAUUGUCCGCAAUCGUAUCGGAAAAGUGUCCCCACAAGUGGUCACCUCGUUAAUCCCACCGCAGAGAGGCGCAGUGCAAAAUCACGAAUCGCGCGUCCAUUAAAUUUCCGGUCCUCCGGUCGGAAGUGCUCUCUCUCUCUCUCUGGAGUAGGAAGUGUUGCGACUGGUUAUAAGCGUAGCAAAAGUGUGGUAGUUCUUAAGCGAAGAACAUUCCACGGGGCGGAAAAGGCAGGUCCUAACAAAACUAAGGGUCUUUAAUACAGUUAGCGCAAGUGUCGUCGUUGAAGUGUGCAAUUAAGAAGUGAAGUAGUGAAGUCUACAGUGGAGGGUAGCGAAUUCUCGAUCGCUUGUUUGUUGCGGACAAAACGGUUUUUGUCCUUUGAAGCAGAAAGGUGUGUAAUCAACUGCACAGUUACCGAAAUCUGGCACGGGAAAGUGAUUGCCAAGCGUGUUGAGUGACCAGCAAAAGAAAAAAGAAAAGCGAAGUGUUUUCGUGUUAUCAGAUUUUAGGUGCGUCUCCUUUUUUUUUUCGGCGUAAAAGUUCGCGCGAAAGAGGCGAGUAAGUAAGAAUUCAGGGUUUACUUUUACUUGGCGUGCGCCGUUGUACACCGGACCGGGGGACGAAAAUCCGUUCAAGGUGUCGCUCAACGGGAAAAUGCGGGUCACGUCGGAAUCGAAUUCCGGCCCGCCAAGCCGUACGCCAUCCAUCAUGGACAGCCCGACGCUGGUGCGGGUGGAGCGGGCCCGUUUGCGCCAGGAAGCGGACAGCAACGGGCAGCGACCGGGUAGCGGCCAACGCGAGGACAGUCUCGAGCGCUGUCUGCUCGAUCCCAAGAAAUCUCUACUAAUUGGACGAAUCCCGGUAGCACAAAUGACUGGUCCGAUUAAGCGAGGACUGCUCUGGCAGCAGCGUGAUCGUCUGUUCUCCCGCUGGAAGGAAAGAUACUUCAUCCUAACACGUGAUUAUCUCAAUUGUUUCAAACGAGCGACCGGAUCCGCGUCGGAGAAGAUUUCCGACAUGGGACAGUUUAUAUUUAAGAUCAAACUAGUCGACGUGGAAAAGGUGGAAUGGUUGAAUCGGCGGUCGUACAGCGCGAUAGGCCUGCUUCUCGGUUCACGAGAAGGACGCGUCCUGUUGCGCAGCGACCAGGGCCUGGAGGAUUGGUUCGAGCUGCUGGAGGAGUGCACGCUGAGCAGCAAGGAGCGGCGUCGUGCUCUUCGGCUAACGCAAGGGCCACGAUCGCGCGCCUCGCUAGCGGCCCCAGUAUCGGCGGCUUCACUGCAGAGCAACCACCUCGGGCUCGGCGGCACCUACUCGGGUGCGAUCGAGGACUGGCUAAUGUCGCGCCAUCAGAAACCGGGCGGUCAGCGGUUCAACCACAUCCUGCUGUCGGAUUCGGUGCCCGAUCUCAGCUCGAUCAACGAGAACGGGCUGUGCAGCGGUCUGCUGACGAACCAUUCGACCCCGAAGAAGGUGCCGAAUGCACGCCACAACUUGUCCGGCGGCGGUACCUCAAGCAAUGGGUACAGCAGCCACAACGGUAGCCUCUACAAUGGGUUCCCGUACUCACCGUUGAAGAAGCUGGCGGACAACUUUGUCAACGGCAAUCACAGCUACACGCUGCACGACGAUCUGGAGGAGGAGGUUGAGUUGCGCCGGGGCGGACGCUACCGCGAGAACGACGAUCUGUACAGAAGACCGCUCGGUCCGGGUGGGAACGAUAGUAGCCGCCAUUCGUUCCUCACCGAUCUGGAUUAUACCGGGUGUGAUAGUGGGCUCGAUACGCCACCAUCGACGCACCGUCCAUCGAGCUGCCGAGACAACAUUUACUUCGGCUCGGCAUACAACAAUCAUGGCCACGGUUCCGGAUUCCUGGGCAAGGACAAGACAACCGACACCGGUAUCAGCUCGUCCCGGGGAACGCUCGUUUCGCCGGCGAGCAGCAUUCGCCAUGGGUACGUCAAUGUGCAGAACUUCAACGGCAACGGCAGCACGAACAACAACAACCAUCUGAACAGCUAUGGAUCUCGCUACAGCGUACAGGAGCAGAAGAUUCUUCGGGCCCGCAAUACGGAGGAGAACAAAAACUCGAUCCGUUCGGUACGGGCAGAGUUUUUCGAGCAGAGCAAAUAUAACAGCAAUGGCAGCAGCAACAGUGCCCUCGCCAACAACAAUAACCACAUCAACAACAAUGGUAGUGGUGGUGGCCACCACCACCAUCACCUCCCCUCACACUACCAUCCGCAUCCGCAUCAUCAACACGUGGCGCAGCAUCCGAACGGUGUGAUCGGCAGCAAUGGCAACAUCCAUCAACAUUUUAACGGACUAAACAACAACAACAACAGCAACAACAACACUAACAACGGCAACAGCAGCAGCAACAACAACAACAAUGGUAAUGGUGGAGGAUCGACCCUUAACGAUCGUGCCAACGGUACGCAGCAGCGCGAUCGCUACCAGCAACAUCCGGCCCUGGCUGCCAUCAUCAACGAAUCGCAGGGAAUGAAAUUCAGAGAUCGUUCCUACUCCGACUGUCAGCAGGCGGCACCGCGAGCACGGCAGUGGACCAGCAAUACACCGAGCCCGAAGCGUAUCCCCUUUUUGGGCACUCCACCAACCAGGGUGUAAUGUGUUGUGUGUGUUGCCCUUCUUCGACACGUGUUUCGUGUGUUCAGUUUAUUAUUUAAAGGACGAAGCAGGAUCGUUUUUAGUAGCGCAAAAGCUUAGGUAAUCUUGUCCACCGAAUCGGGAAGCUUGCGGCGGCGUGGUAGGCAGAACGCAAUGAAGUGAGGAUCACAACGGAUCGUUUCUAUAUCCUUCACUACUCUCCCCCUUACAAAUCCUUCAAACCCAUCAAAGCUUAUUGUAUAUAAGUUGUAUGUUUCUCUUUCUUCGUGCACGAAGAUUAUUUUGUGAGAGAAGCAACCCCCCUGCCCUUUCCAUCCUUAUAGUGCGCCAUCUAAAUGUCUGUUUGUACUAUAGCACUACCAGUUUUCUGUUUCCGGUGCACAGUUUUCCAAGUGACUGUGGCUUUUAUCUCCUGAAGCAAAACGCGCGUGCAUCAUCCAGUAGAUGAGUAUUGUAUUCCUGUUCAUUCCCUGUCCCUGUCGAGAUUUUUGAAUCCUCAUUUUCCGUUGCGUUCGCUGUAAGAGCUUUGCUUGCAAUCUGUGUAGAUCGGUUAGAUUUCGUCAGCGUCCAACAAGUCUCCUUCUUCGAGAUAUUAGACCCAUAGAAGGUUCUCGGAGCGGCUAGUAGUUUGUUCCUAGUUUUGAUAUGCGUGUAAUGAGCUGUACGAAUAUCCAAAUAGUAGCAUUAGAAUUGAGAUUGUCGUCGGACUCUGCUGUGCAGGCUUUGUGUGCUCCAAUGGAAAGAUUUGCGCAGUAAGAGAUUGAGUUUAACCGAGCCUAAAAGGGGGCAUUAUCGAAUUAGCCUGUCAUACUACACGUCGUUGUGAAAAUAAAACGCAGUAGAAAGUUGCGAUUUAGAGCCUUUGCGGAACAGCAACCUUUGAUUUUAAUCAAACUCGAAUGGAGCGCGCUCGCUGUACACUUGGCUGUAUGUGGUUUAAAAUUAGCGUAAACGAACGAAAAAACGAUAGCUGCCUGUUUGUUUCUUUUUUACACUAGCUGCAAUAAUUAUUCGCACGAGAGUCGAAAUUUGUAGCUUAAAACACGGUUAAUUUAAAUUUUUCUCAAGCGCAAAAGCUUACAGUGAUACACAAAAAAAAACUUGAUUCGAUGUUAGCAAAAUUUUACCAUGCUUCACGCGUCGCUAGUAUAGCUAAACUCUGUUUCUAGGCGGUUAACAAAGUUUUUUGCUCCAAACGUUAUAAGAAAAAAACACCCUAGCAUUGAUCGUUCCCCUUACUAGAAACAUACUGUGUACGAUUUUAUAUGGAAACCCACCACCGCCAAGCGCUUAUUUCGCUUAGUCGUUUUCUCGUUUUUGAACACGCUUGCUUGGGCACGUAUACACUAAGCAUAUACGGAAGGUAGUAGUAGCCGUAGCCGUAGUAGCAGUAACAGUAGCAAGAAACUAUCUAAUGGUUAAGUGCGUACGGUUUGUUUUUACAAUUAACAAACAAACAAACAAAAAAAACAUUACCGUAAACAGUGCGUGUUCAGAAAAAUAAAACUAUAGGACAAAUAAAAGUAAAUCGAUGAAGA